UUCUGGCCCGCAGUUGCGUGGAAAUGGGCACUGAUGGGCGGAGGAGUGGGUUUCGGCCCGGCAAGGGGAACACCGAAGGGGUGACAGCUGGAAAGGGGAAGACGGAUGGGGUGGCAGUGACUCCUACUACUGCUGCUGCCUCGGCCUCCUGCCAGUACAGGUGCAUCGAAUGCAACCAAGAGGCCAAGGAGUUGUAUCGAGACUACAGCCACGGUGUGCUGAAGAUAACCAUCUGUAAAUCCUGCCAGAAACCUGUAGACAAAUAUAUCGAGUACGAUCCUGUUAUCAUCUUGAUUAAUGCUAUUUUAUGCAGAGCCCAGGCCUACAGGCAUAUUCUUUUCAAUACCAAAAUAAAUAUGCACGGAAAACUCUGCGUGUUUUGUUUGCUUUGUGAAGCGUACCUGAGAUGGUGGCAGCUUCAAGAUUCGAGCCGGAGCGUUGAUCCUGACGACUUUAUCAGAUAUGCUAAAGAGUGGGAUUUCUAUAGAAUGUUUGCAGUUGCUUCUCUAGAACAAACUGCCUAUUUUACUGGCAUUUUUACUUUCCUGUGGGUAGAACGACCCAUAACAGCGAAAAAAGCCCUCAACUUCGCUUUGCUGCUGAAAGCGUUGUUAUUAUCUAGCUACGGAAAACUCUUGCUGAUCCCAGCUGUCAUUUGGGAACAUGACUACACACCCCUGUGCCUCAGACUCAUUAAAGUAUUUGUCCUUACGUCAAAUUUUCAGGCAAUUAGAGUGACCCUAAACGUCAACCGCAAGCUCUCCUUUUUGGCCAUCUUGAGUGGCUUACUGGUGGAGAGCGCCAUGGUCUACUUCUUCCAGAGGAUGGCACGGGCUCUUGGAAGUGACUGUGCCAUCUAUAAAUCUCAAGACUUUUGAAGAGGUACAGAGCAUCUCUCAGUGUUCAUGCACGCAGACAGGUGUCUUCCUCAAAUUAGACAGAUGUCGUCGCAGAAUACAUCACCCGCCCCCCGGCACCCGGGUGCCUCGAGGUCACCUCCAUCUCCCUCGGGGUCUUCAGGGUCCUGCACUCUAGUUCUUUUGUCAUCCACAGUGACAUCAAUAGCUAUGUUUUUGUUGCUUCUGGGGCCCUGCUCUCACAGUUCUGUAACACCUUCCCUCCAAUGCAGUCCUACUAAGACCUCGGACUCUGAAAUCUGUCCCGCCAACAGCCGUCUCCUGCCCUUUCCAACCGUUCCACUCCCUCCCUCCCAUCACCCCUGCCUUUGCUGCCUUUUGUACCUCUCUUCCCUAAACCUCUCACUUUCCUCUACUUCUCACCUCCCUUGCCUCUCUUUUAACUGUGCCUGGAACCUAGAGGCAGCUGUUGCCUUAUCCUCUGUUAGUCCCUGGAAACGAGCCAGCUUCCUGCCCUUCUGUCAGCGCCCCCGUUAGAGCUCUUGGGGUGAGUUCACCACCCGUUUCCUCUGUGAAGCCUGGCAGGCGGUCCCUGUGUCUGCACAGAGCACGGCUGGGUGGCUGCUCCUGUCUCGAGGGCACCUCUAGGGACCCAAACACACACACACACGCCACACACACACACACACCACACACACACACCACACACACACACACAACCACACACACACCACACAACACACCCCCACACACACACCACACACACACACACCCCCACACACACACCACACACACACACCACACACACACACACCACACGCACACCACACACACCACACACACACACACACACACCGGCCUUAGAGCAGUUGUUCUGAAGUCUUCCCGCGCUCCUCACUUCCGUGUCUGCUGUCACUUUGCUGAGAAUUGAGACUUACCAACUCCUUGAGUGUCCGUCUCUGUUCCAGAACUUGUUUGGGCGUCUGCCUUCUUUCCUCCUUCCCUCCAUCCCACCUCGGAGUUAAGCUCAGCUUUCCACCCCCCGCCCGCCCCCCGCCGGGCGUUUUCCACCCUGCAGGUGUCCUCCUGCCUCUGGUCACCCUCAGGGGUCGGGACCACAGCUGCAGUCUGCCUUGAGGCAGGACGGGGCGACUUGAAGGCAGGGCAGCUGGCGAGGGAAGCACAGGGCAGGAGGGGGCAGGCGGCUUAAGCCGAGGCAGCUGUCGGCGCGCGCGUCCUCUUCCCGCAGACCUUCUCCGCCUCUCCUGGUACCUCGGCCUCCCUCCCUGCCCGCUCAGCUCACCCUCUUCCUCUCCACACCCUCACACACUGCUGCCUCAUCAUCCUCUCUCGUCUAUGCUGGCUCUUUCCCCUCUGCCAACAGACGCGUGCAGCUCUUCACUUGCGAGCAGCUGCCCUGAGCCCCUCUCUCCACUGCCUUUCCUCUUUGCAAAACAUACUUCCUCCCUAGUCUCCUGAGAUCAGAAGGCAGCCAGCCGCCAGCUCUGUCAGGCUCCUUCCCGCCCCGGCUCUGCUCUGGAAGCGGCUGGCUUCUGACACAGGCCGCCCGGGCCCUUUCUGUCACCGACUUCCCUGUCUGUGCCCGGCUUCCGUCCUCAGCCCCCCGCUUCUCUCUCCUGCCGUGCAGACGCUCAGCUUCCACACGCCUUGACCCAUCUCUUAGUGCAGCUUGCUUCCAGAUCUUUCCAGAUCUGAUACCUCUAGCCCUCCGCCUCUGCCAGGUCACUCAUGCCCUUCCACUGCCUCCGAGAUACUGCCAGGACGGUGUGGCCAUUACCUCUGAAAUCGAACUCAGUACCCCGCCCGCCCGUCCCCAUGGAAUCAGAACCUUCCUGAUGGCUUCUCAUCUUGUCACUCAGACCUCAGCCCAAGCCUCCUGGUCUCCUGCUUCAAAGUUUAUAACAGCCUCGCCCACCUUCAACCCAUCUUCACAGAGCACGACUCCUGGUGUGUCUCUGAAUUUUUCAUCCUUUCCUGUUGUGGACAGGAGCUUCUGGUCUCCUCCUGAGAAACACCUUUUAGUGUUCUCUGCGCUCUAGUGCUAACUUCUCCUCUGCGGGCGUGCUCCUGCCCACGUUCUCUACUACACCCUCCUCAUCCCCAAAGAUGUCACGCCCUCCCCAGGACCCGGAGGGGCCUCUCCUCCGCCUAACCAGGUCAGUCACCUUUGCUUCUCCGUGGAACGAAGACCUUCCCCCCAUUCCAGUCUGUUGUGCUCACUCCCUCCGUAGACCUCCCGGUGCCCAGCUCGGCACAGUCAUGCUGCCGGAGCUCCUGAGACCCUCCCAGUGCUGAACACCUGUCCCCUCCUUCUGCUAGCGCUUCACCUGUCAGGCUACCCAUGACAGCUUCUGGUUAGGAGCAGGUCACCUGUCUUUAACGUCCUUUAAGUUGUCUCAUGUUUUAUGCUUGUCUCCCCCAGUCUGCUUGGGUGCCGGGAGAGGCCAUGUCUGUGGUAACUGUGUCCCCCAUAGUACAGGGCCUGCCCUAGUAAGUAUCUGUUGAUUUGAUUUUCAGCAGAAUGUGCCACUCUGAAUACUUCCUUUAUCAUCCAUAGUUUCCUUCUUUUUACUCUCUGGGGCAUGACCAGCUGCGUCUGUAAAAUAGAAGGCGUAAAAUACAAACCAAGCUUCUCGUUACUGUUGUGUAAAAUGAAGCAAAGAUUUGGAUACACUUCCUGAAAAAGAAAGCAAGGGUUAUGGCGUUGGGGACUCCUAACCCUACCACCCCACCCCUACAUGUAGGAAACAACUAAACCACGUACGGACACACACACAGACACUCACACAAACACAAAGAACUAAUGCAGGCAACAAGUGAAGAUGUGUCCAUUAUAGAUGGUUCAGGUACGCAUCUGAAUUGAAGGAAGAUGAAUUCAUGAGUCACACGUAAGAAAAGAUCUUUGUUCAUUCCUUUGACAUAUUUAUAUCUUUUUAAUUUAAAUGUUGUUAAAAUAAUAUUUUGUGUUCUUACAAGAGAAACGCUUUUCUCUCAAGGCAGUCACAAUAAACUGAGCUUUUGUGAAUAUUUAACUCAGUAUCUUCCCCUGUAACUAAGUUCCUCUUUAAAAUCAGCUGAUCCAAAAAUAAAUAACUAAAAACAACUGAAGUGUCCACUUAACAGAAGUGAAUUAUAUCUCAAUAGAGCUGUUAUUAAAUAAAUAAAUAUCACCUCU